AUUAGCUCGGCCUAGCCAUGAACAAUCAACAUUAAGAACUCUUUAACAAAGAUGCCGUCCUACAAUGGAACAAAUGCUUUUGGAACAUAGUGAGCCCUUUUUCCUGGAGGUAUUCAAGUGCAGGUUGGAUGACCAACCUGGGUGAGUUGGAGCAGAGAUUUUUCCUUCAGGCAAAGUUGGACGAGAUGACCUUUUAAAUCUGAGAUUCUGGGAUUGUCCAGACUGGAGAGUGCAUUGGGCCCAGAAUUUAUCUGUCUCCCCAUCCCCUGCCUUCCCAUUCAGAGCAGAACCUGAGCCUCCAUUUAGGGGUUAGGUGGGGAAGAGUUUCUUUGAGUUUCUUGCUAUUUAAUUCUUCAGAGUCUGGCCUUAUUUCCUCCUUUGGGGUGUCUCAGUUUCCCCAAACUCAGAGGAAAGGGAGAAUACAAGUGGACAGAGCAGAUUACAGCCAAGCCCCAGUAGCAAGAUGCUUUUGGAUCCUUGUAAUUGUGGUGUAAAUGUCUGGCCCUUCUUCCUCUUAGCUUAUGAUCUCUUAGUCCCUGAGCCCAGAUUGAGUGACUACUGUUUACUCUGCCAUGGUGAAGGCGUGGAUAGAGGGGGAAAAGAGGGGCAGACUGAAUGGGGGUGGGGGAACAGAUGGAUGGAUGGACAGAAGGCUGCUGGGUGGGCCAGGGAGAUGAAUGGGGGAGGGGCAAUCAGCGAGGACAGGUGGAUACAGGGCAGGACAGAAAAGCGUACAGAUGGCGAGGGGGGAUAGGGAGAAGCAGACAAAUGGAAAGUAGGACAGACAGGGGCAUGGCCGGACCCUGAGGGGGACAAACGGAUAGGAAAGGGACGGGAAGAAGGGGAGGGAGCAGGUGAGGCGGGCUGGCAGACUGACAGCACACGGGCGGACGAGGGGCGCAGUGCCUGGGGAAGGCAGCGGCGGAGGAGGGGCUCGGGCUGGUGCCCGGGGGCACACGGGGGGCCGCCCCUGCCCUGCCCACCCUGGGGCCCGGCGGCUCCCUCCCUCUCCUGCCCUCUGGCGCCCCUGCGUAGGCACGGCUGCUCUGGAGGAGGCUGCGGCGGGCGGCGGGGGAGGCGGAGCGCCUGGGCAGCGGGCGGGCGGGCGGCACGGCAGGAGCCGGAGGAUGCGGUCUCCAUGGGGCUGCUGUGGUUUCUGUCCUUCCUCCAUUCCACCUUCUUCGGGGACGAGGUACUGGAGGAACUAAAGAUGUCGGGUCCAGGCCCAACAGCUUCCUAUGAGCAGCUGGUGAGGCAGGUGGAGGCCUUGAGCCGGGAGAACACUCACCUGCGGAGAGAACUCCAGGAUAACUCUAGUCAUUUGUCAAAGCUGGAGAAUGAGACCUCUGACAUGAAGGAGGUGCUGAAGCACCUUCAGGGGAAACUGGAGCAAGAAGCUCGAGCAAUGGUGUCGUCUGGGCGGACUGAGUUGUUGGAGCAACUGAAAGCCCUGCAGAUGGAUAUCACCAACCUGUACAACCUCAAGUUUCAGCCUCCGGCUCUUGCUGCAGAAUCUGGCAGGAGGAGUAGGAGCCGGAGCCCAGAGGGCAGCCCCCUGCACUGUGCUGCCCCUGCAGCCACAGCCCAAGGCCUGCACAAGAAAAGAGAAGAAUUGGGAGAAUUGAGCAGGGCCACCGUCCGCCUGCUGGAGGAGCUAGACAAAGAAAGGUGCUUCCUGCUGGCAGAGAUUGAGAAGGAGGAACAAGAGAAACUCUGGUAUUAUGGGCAGCUCCAGAGCUUGUCCCAGAGGCUGGAUGAGCUGCCUCAGUCAGAAACGUUUUCCAUGCAGACAGACCUGAUCCGGCAGCAGCUGGAAUUCGAAGCUCAGCACAUCCGAGCGCUGAUGGAAGAGCGAUUCGGGACCUCGGACGAGAUGGUGCAGAGAGCUCAGAUCCGAGCCUCUCGCCUGGAACAGAUUGAGAAGGAGCUUGCGGAAGCCCAGGCUCAAACCCAGACCCGGGAGCGGGCGCAGCAGCCACAGCCAGAACACCAGACCCUCCUAGGGAUAAAGCCAACAGGAGUAGAGGGGGAUGGGGAGCCAGAAGCCCCCACCCACCCAGAAGAUGGGACCAGCCAACUCAGCAACAGCAAGGUGGAGGUGGUGUUCUGGUUGCUGUCCAUGCUGGCCACGAGGGACAAGGAGGACAUGGCCCGCACCCUGCUGGCCAUGUCGAGCUCCCAGGAGAGCUGCGUGGCCAUGCGCCGCUCGGGCUGCCUGCCGCUCCUGCUGCAGAUCCUCCAUGAUGCUGACCGGGAGGCCGGCCCCGCCGAGGGGGCCAAGGAUGCCCGGAUGCGGGCCAACGCGGCCCUCCACAACAUCAUCUUCUCCCAGCCUGACGAGGGCCAGGCCAAGAAGGAGAUGCGCGUGCUGCAUGUGCUGGAGCAGAUCCGCUCCUACUGCGAGACUUGCUGGGACUGGCUCCGGAUGCAGGGCCAAGAUGGAGGCCAGGGCCCCGAGGGCGGUGCUGGGCCCGUACCUAUUGAGCCGCAGAUUUGCCAGGCCACAUGUGCAGUGAUGAAGCUCUCUUUUGAUGAGGAAUACCGCCGAGCCAUGAAUGAACUUGGCGGGCUGCAGGCUGUAGCAGAGUUGCUGCAGGUGGAUUAUGAGAUGCAUAAGAUGACCAAUGACCCUCUGAAUCUGGCCCUACGGCGCUACGCGGGCAUGGCCCUCACCAAUCUCACCUUCGGUGACGUCGUUAACAAGGCCACACUGUGUGCCCGGCGGGGCUGUAUGCAGGCCAUUGUGGCCCAGUUGGCUUCAGACAGUGAGGAGCUCCACCAGGUGGUGUCCAGCAUCCUUCGAAACCUGUCCUGGAGGGCAGAUAUCAACAGCAAGAAGGUCCUACGGGAAGUGGGCAGUAUGACUGGGCUCAUGCAGUGUGCCCUUCGAGCCACUAAGGAGUCCACACUGAAGAGCGUCCUCAGUGCCCUGUGGAACUUGUCGGCUCACAGCACGGAGAACAAGGCCGCCAUAUGCUUGGUGGAUGGAGCCCUGGGCUUCCUGGUCAGCACUCUCACCUAUAAGUGCCAGAGUAACUCACUAGCCAUCAUCGAGAGUGGAGGGGGCAUUCUCCGGAACGUGUCCAGCCUCAUCGCCACCCGGGAGGACUACAGGCAGGUGCUGCGGGACCACAACUGCCUUCAGACUCUGCUCCAGCACCUGAGGUCGCACAGCCUGACCAUUGUGAGUAAUGCCUGCGGGACCCUGUGGAACCUGUCGGCUCGGAGUCCCCGUGACCAGGAGCUGCUCUGGGACCUGGGAGCCGUGAGCAUGCUGCGGAACCUGAUCCACUCCAAGCACAAGAUGAUCGCGAUGGGCAGCGCGGCCGCCCUGCGCAACCUGCUCACGCACAGGCCCCUCAAGUACAAGGACACGGCGGCCGUCAUCUCCCCGGGCUCCUGCAUGCCCAGUCUCUACGUACGCAAGCAGAAGGCGCUGGAGGCCGAGCUGGACGCCAGGCACCUGGCCGAGGCUCUGGACACGAUGGAGAAGCAGAGCCUGAAGGGUCAGGUGGCCAAGAAGCCGCCGCUGCGCCACCUCGACAGCCUGGUCAAGGACUACGCCUCGGACUCCGGCUGCUUCGACGACGAGGACGUGCCCGCCCUGGCGCCCGGGGUGGAGGUGGGCAAUCCCUCUGUCCUCUCCAUGUUCCUCAACAGUUCCUUCCUGCAGGGCCAAGCCUUGCCCCGCAUGCCGCCCCCCCGCCGUGGCCCCGAAGCAGAGAAGGAGGAUGGCAGCAGCGGCAGGGGCAGCAUGGACGCCAAGAAGGGGGUGAUGGACGGGACGGCCGCGGCGGCCGAGAAACUGGCCACCAAACUGUCCGUGGCGGUGGCCAAGAUUGACAAGCUGGUGGAGGACAUCUCGGCCCUGCACACCUCCUCCGAGGACAGCUUUAGCCUCAGCUCUGGGGACCACGGGCUGGACUGGCCCUCGGGGCCUGGGGAGGUCCGGGAGGCCCGGGCCCAGUCCUGCUCACCCUGCCGGCUGCCCGAGGCGGGGAGGAGGGAAGGGGUGGGGAGGGCCCACCCGCUGCUCCGGCUGAAGGCGGCUUAUACCAGCCUGUCCAAUGACAGCUUGAACAGCAGCAGCACCAGCGAUGGCUACUGCCCCCGAGAGCACAUGAAGCCCUCCCCGAGGGCCUCGUUUGCUGACUAUCGAGAGGAGCUUCAGAGGUACCAGCAGCGCCCCAGCCGCCUGGACCUCAAGAACGUUGUGGCCACCCAGCCGGACAGGAGGGAGCCUCCAGCUCAGGAGCCCACUGCCCUGCAGGGGCUGGAAAUGCCCGACGGGCUGCACAAGCCAGCAGUAUUCCCUGGGGAGUGGGCCCCGAAAGAUGGAGAGGGCAAGCUUGCCCCCGAUGCCCAGGUGCACACCAUCAAGCUCUCGCCCUCCUACCAGCACGUGCCUCUGCUGGAGGGCAUGGCCAAGGUCGGGGCUGUUCCCUUUCCCGGCACUGGGGGUAGCUCCAUGGCUCGGAAGCAGGCCUGGCUGCCCCCGGGCACCCUGAAGGGCUCAGAGGGUCUGAGCAAGAUCCCAGAGAAACUGGCAGCCCCGGCCCCCCCUGCUCCUGCGGCAGAGACCCUACAGAAGUACUCGGUGGAGGAUACUCCCAUCUGCUUCUCUCGUUGCUCCUCCCUCUCUUCCCUCUCCUCUGCCGACCAUGGCAUGGAUGGGAGAAGCCGCAGUGAAGACAACGACCUGGAUAGUGACUCGUCCCUGGAGAUCCUCGAGGAGCCGGGGCCCGGGGAGGGAGAGGACGACGGCGUGGAGGACUGGAGGCCCCGAGGAGCCGCUUCCCUGCCCGUGGCCAUCCCCGCUCCCCGGGGUGACCGGGGCGAUGAGGGUGCCUCCCCCUCCCGACAAGAAGACAUGACACCCUCCAGCUCCUCUGAGAAUUACAUCCAGGAGACUCCCCUCGUCAUGAGCCGCUGCAGCUCCGUCAGCUCCCUGGGCAGCUUUGAGAGCCCCUCCAUUGCCAGCUCCAUCCAGAGUGACCCCUGCAGCGAGAUGGUGAGUGGCACCGUGAGCCCCAGUGAGCUUCCUGACAGCCCGGGGCAGACCAUGCCCCCCAGCCGCAGCAAGACCCCCAUUCCAGAGCGGGAGACCAGCCAGUUCAACCUGCAGUGGGAGAACAAUGUCAAGAAGUUCAUGGACAUCACUGACUUCAAGGAGCGCUUCCAGCUGCCCCCGGACCUCGACAGCACCAUCUACUUCACAGUGGAGAAGCCCGACGAGAAUUUCUCCUGCGCCUCCAGCCUCAGCGCGCUGCCCCUCCAUGAGCACUAUGUACAGAAGGAUGUGGAGCUCAAGCUCCUGCCCCCUUUCCCUGAGCGUGGAGGUGGACUUCACUUUGCUGGCCACGAAAAGCGGGAGGAGCCCGGGCGGGAGGAGCGGCUGGAUGGGCCCCGGGGGGGCCGGCCCCGUGUGGAGACCCACUCCGAGGACGACCUGGAGAUCCUGAAGGAAUGUAUCAGCUCAGCAAUGCCCUCCCGCUUCCGAAAGGUCAAGACAGCCCUGGUGCCGGGCUUGCCUGCGGGGAAGAAGGGCCUACAUGUGCCCGUCUACAUGCUGGUGCCCGCACAUGCCCAUCCCAGCUUAGCGGCCAGGACCCCCCGGCCUUCCCGCAGCCCGUAUAAAGAGGAGGAUUCCUUCACAGACUCGGCUGAAGGCACGCCGGUCAACUUCUCCAGUGCCACCUCACUCAGCGACGAAACUCUUCAGUAUCCAUCCAAGGACAGCCAGGGGCAGCGGGCUGAGAGAAGAGAGCCCGUCUCUCGGCGGGUCACCUCCAGCCAUUCUACCCCAACCAAGAUGGCAGGUACCUACAAGCACAGGGUGGGAGGGACGGGCCUCCCUCUCUCAAACAGGAGCGCCGAACCUAGCCGAGGCUCUCUCAAGAACCUGCCCAGCCUAGAACUGACUGUCAGCCGGCCCAGGAGUGCCCACUCUGAGAGGGACAGCCGUGCCAGGGGAGAUAGCUCCCAUCCAAGUGGAGGGCACGGGGAUGUUGCCUUCCAGUCAUUCUGUCAUACUACACCCACUGAAGAGGCGGUUUACUGCUUCUAUGAGAAUGAUUCAGAUGAAGCUCCUGAGGCCCUGGCCCGAAAGGCACCCACGGGAGGCCGGGCUCCAAAGAAGGACCAUCGGGCGGGCAAAAAAGAAACAGAACCCAAGCCCAAAGCAGGGCCCCCAACCUCCAUGCGGCCCCGGGUGCCCACCAAGUCCCAGCAUAAACUGAUCGCAGAUGAGACGCCGCCCUGUUACUCCUUAAGCUCCUCCGUGAGCUCGCUCAGUGACCUGGACCUUUCGGAUAGGGACGGUGGGCAGCCACCCAACAAAGGGGGCCCACCCCACCCGCAGGCCCGCAAGCCCAUCCACACUAAGCCCCCCCCACCGGCUCCUGGUCGGGACAGUUCUCCCAGCUCACCGAGCCUCAACUCGGACGAAGAUCUGCUCCAAAGGUGCAUUGGUUCUGCCAUGCCCAAAAGACAGCGCCAUGCAGCCCGGCACCGGAAGGCCGAGCGCAAGCCCAAGCAAGGGGGCCCCAAGGCAGCCGGCAGCAAGGAGCGCAAGGCCGAGUUACGGAGGGAGCUGGGCGAGGAGGCGGCCUCCGACCGAGCCUCCGACCUGGACAGCGUGGAGUGGCAGGCUAUUCAAGAUGGCGCCAACUCCAUCGUAACGUGGCUGCACCAGGCGGCCGCGGCAGCAACCUCCUUGUCCAGGGAGCCCUCGUCUGAGUGUGAUUCCAUCCUCUCCUUCGUGUCCGGGCUGUCAGUAGGGUCCACCUUGCAGCUUACCCUCGGAAGGGAGGAGCAGAAGCGCAGGGGGAAGGAGGCUGGAGGAGAGGUGGAAAAGAAAGAGCAAACCAAGACUGCUGGUGAAAGCAAGAAAGGAGGGGAGGCCCGGACCCUCAACCGCAGGAUAUCCCGGGGCCCAGAAAAGCCAGCCAAUGCCCAGAAACCAGUGUCCAAUCUGCCUGCUGUGUUCCGGGGCCGGACGGUCAUCUACAUGCCCACUCUGGCCAAUGGGACCCCCAAGCAGCGCUCUCCCCCAAAGAAGGCUGUGCCCAAGACCGAGCCCCCCGCCAAACCCCUCCCUCUCAGUCAGCAGAGGUCCCGGAGCCUCCACCGGCCAGGGAAAAUCUCAGAGAUGGCAGAGCUGACACUGCCCAAGAGAAGUGCCACCCCACCUGCUCGGAUGGCCAAGACCCCCUCCUCAGGCUCUUCCCAAACCUCCACCCCCUCCCAGCCAUCAUCCAAGAAGUCCCCUCCCUCUUCCCAGACGAGCAAGCCGGUGCCCGCACCUGGGGGUAAAGCAGGCACCGGCAGCCCUCAGGCCAAGCCCGUGAAGGCUCUGCUCUCCAGACAGCACAAAACUCAGAAAUCUCCAGUCCGGAUCCCGUUCAUGCAGAAGCCGGCCAGGAAGCCGUUCCCGGGGAGGAACACGCCGCCUGUCCCGGAGGAGCAGGGGGCAGGAGCAAAGACGGGAUCCAGGCUCAAUCUCGUCCGAGUGCCCUCGACCCGGUCCAGCGGCAGCGAGUCCGACCGUUCCGGCUUCCUGAGGCAGCUGACCUUCAUUAAGGAGUCUUCCAACCUCCUCCUGCGGCACCGCUCCGAGGCCACCGCCCCCCUGUCCCAGAACAGCUCCCCCCGCCGCAGUCGGCCCGGCGUCCCAGCCGUCUUCCUCUGCUCUUCUCGUUGCGAGGAGCUCAAAGCGGCCAAAGCCGGGCCCCCGCCCAGCCCCAGAGCGUCACCAGGGGAGCGCCUGCCCCGCCGGACCAGCUCAGAGAGCCCUUCCCGCUUGCCCGUCAAGAUAGCGGCGCCCGCCCCUGAGCCCUUCAAGCGCUAUUCCUCCUCCCCCCACAUCAACGUGGUCAAGAGGUCGGCCAGCCCAGCCCCUACCCUUCCGCAAGGGGCCGAGGCUGGGGCUGGGCGGAGGCGGAGUGAUGGCGAGGCCCAGCCCCCUCCCCAGGUAGGGGCGGGGGAAGGCCGCGGAGCUCCGUCAGCGGCCACCAAGGGCACGUGGCGUAGGAUUCGGGAUGAAGACAUCCCCCAGAUCCUGAAGAGCACGCUCCCUCCCACUGCCCUGCCUCUGGUCGGCACAGUCCAGGAGGACGGCCCGGCUCCCCAGAGGAAGACGAGUGACGCUGUGGUCCAGACCGAAGACUUCUCAACUUCUAAAACCAACUCCAGCACCUCUCCCACCCUGGAGAACCGGGAGCCCCCCAAGAACGCGCCAAGCGGCCCGGCAGGCGGCACGCAGGCCCCAUUCAUUGGCAGCGAUGUGGACGGGCUGAGUUCCAAGGUGGCUGCCGCCCUCGCCUUUGCCCACGAGGGGCUGACGGCCCCGGCUGGGGGCUUCCCCUCCAGCCGCCACAGCUCCCCCAGCCGAGCCGCCCGGGUUACCCCCUUCAAUUACAUCCCCAGCCCCAUGGUGGUGCCAGCCACGACCGACAAAGCUGUGGAGAAAGCUGUCAGCCUGCAGGGUGAAUAGAAGCUCGUCCGGCCCGCCUCCGCUCUCCCUGUCUCGACCCCUCCAGCCCUAGCCUGCUUAGGCUUCCCAAUACUACCCUCGCGGCAGCAAGCUGCGCUCUCGUGGAAGAUGCCCCUGUACAAAGAACUUCAAGAAGCUGCUUUCUUAUUUCAUACUCAGCCAAGUACAAGAGAAAUUAGCUGUCAAGGAUCAGCGGCUCAGACCUGGGCCCGUGGCGGGGUGGGGAGAGAGACUGGCUAAGGGUCCUCAGACCUGGAACUGCUGGCCCCUCGUCUGACCAGGGUUUCCUCCUUCCUCUCUGUAUCCGGGCACAACCCGGUUGCCAGGAACCUUUCCUUCCUGGAAGGUGGAGAUAACGGAUGACAUUUUUUAAAAAACCCACAAAGCCUAGGGCACUGUGGGGAAAGAGUCCAAAGCUGAAUAUCCCCUUCUCUAAGAUAUGGCCAUGUCAUUAAGGGCUCUCCCCUCACCAUGAGGGGAAGGACUUUCCUUGGGAAGUAGGCAGAGGAGCGGGAACAGAGAAGGGUCUUAUGCUUUGGAACUCAGGAAGGAGCAAUGAGAGGAAGGCCGUGGGAGGAGACACCAUGAGGGUCCCAGAGCUAGUUAAGUCAAGGGAGAGAGAGGUGUCUCUAAGCCUGGAAGACUGAGGCAGGGAACGUGCUGAGCCACCUUUUUCUGAGCAAGGGAUGGUUCACCAGCAUGCUGCCCUCAGGCACAUCAGCACCUCAGUGUCCCAAACAAAAGAAGAUCCCUGGCUGGGACUGCUGCCUCCCUGUGCCCAAGUGGAAAGCCACCUUCUAGCCAAGCCUUAAUGCAGAUCUCUCUGCUGCAUGCUUUAUCUCGAAUACCCAGCACUAAUAACCAGUUAUAAACAUCAUAUAGAUGAAUUACAGCUUGUCAACGCCAUGGGAAGCCCAGGAAGGAGACUUCCAGACAGGAGGAAGCCCUGGGGAGGGCCAGAGAGGGAGCAGGCACAGAACCCACCAGAUGCAGAACUGUUGGUGGCAGGGCCAAAUGCCUGUAAUUAAUGCAACCCAGUAAUUCGGUAAUGACUAAUUUGCCGAGUUUUGUCUGUGUUAUAUAAACCAGCUUGGAAAUAGGGCUGAAAGGGAUCUGAGACAAUUUGAGAAUUGCACCUUAUUUAAUAGGGAGGCGAGGGGGUUACCCCACAAGCCUGGAGCUGAUGUUGACACAGCUCCCUUGAUGUCCCACUGUAGGCCUGACCCAUGAGAGGGAAAGGGGGUAAGAGGAUAGGCAAAAAGACAGAUGAAUAUUAGUUUUCUCACUCUGGCUUUGAUCUCUUUUUCCCUGGGUAGCUCUUUCCUUUAGCUGUGUGGGCUCACCUCCAAAGUCAUGAGGUAAUGCUGACAUAGGGAGGAUUGAGUAUCCCUGGCAGGAAGUCAAGACUUUAAGAAGCACCCAAGUAAAGCUGAUUGUGCUUUUAGCAGGUGGAUGGCAUUAAGAUCUAUGAGCAGUUAGAACAGAGUUUGCAAGCACUGAGCCAUCCAUAAUCUGUUGCCUAGUCCCCAACAAGCCCAUUGUUGGGGAAGCUAACUAGAUGGAGGAAGAUCUGUCAGACAACUAGCAGGAUGAGCAAGCAUCCUCCUUAGCACUUGCCACAUGCUAACUGGUGAACUGAGCCCUCUCAGAAACUGAACCACAGGAGGGACCAAAGAAUACAGAUAUGGAUGGCAGAAAAAGGAGAAGCAGAGAGGAAAGGCCUGGAGAGGGACUGGAAAGUGAGGGUCUGGUGAGCUGCUUCAAGGGCAAAGUCUUUCUGUUGUAAAGCUGCACUUUAAAAAGAUUGUAGAAAGCAGAGCCAACUGCUAGUAUGUGAUAUUUUGGGGGAUGUGGGGGGUGCGAAAACAUCUAUUUGGGGUUUUUAAUGAUUUUUUGUGAAAAAUGCAAAAUUGCAAGAGUCCAGUGUUUUCUCUAGGAAGUAAAAUUUUGAGUUUCACAGACGAGAAGAUUCAAACUGCUUUCUGGACUUUGGCCAAGCCAAGACUCUGGGAAGAAUAUACUUAAUAAGGUCAGAGAACUGAUUGUUUUCUGUUUGUCCCCAGAGGGCAGAUCUAAGAGACAUGUGGACCCCAGAAAGAGGAAGAUUUUGAGUUUGGUGUGUAAGGAGGCAUGUCCAAACAUUUAGAACUGUCCAGAAGUGAAGUGACCUGCCUCAGAAGGUGGUGGGGUUUCUCAUCACUGGAAUUCU